AUGAAGGUUAUCUCUCGCCGAAGCCACGAGCGUGGCCAAGCCGACCUCGGCUGGCUUAAGACGUUCCACACCUUCAGCGUCGCGGGACAUCAGGACCCCCACCACGAACGAUUCGGCCCUCUUCGUAUCAUCAACGAGGACCGCGUCGACCCCAAGACCGGCUUCGGCACGCACGAGCACCGGGAGUUCGAGAUCUUUUCGUACAUCGUGAGCGGCGAACUCGAGCACCGCGACUCGAUGGGGAACGUCGAGAUCAUGAAGCGCGGUGACCUGCAAAUGACCUCCGCGGGCACUGGGAUCCGCCAUAGCGAACACAGCCACGGCGCGGAGCAAGUGCACUUCCUGCAGAUAUGGAGCUUCCCGUCGACAAGAGGUCUCACUCCUCAGUACUUCACGCGGCACUUCACCGACGAGGAGAAGCAGGACCGGUGGGCACACGUCGUUGCGCCUGUCAAUGCCCCAGGAGUCCUGGAAAAACGCGAAGCAUCAGGACCCGCGCCCGUCCACUCACCGCUCGACCUCUUUGCGACCAUCCUGUCGCCCGGGAAGUCUUUGGGACACACCUUCCAGUCUGGAAGCGCCGCGCGGAAGGGCUACGUGCAUGUGAUUCAGACGUCGGGCUACAACCCGAAGGAGGCGAGCGGCGCGCGUGUUCGUGUCCUCGGCGCCGAGGGCGGGCCUGUGGAUCUGAGGGAAGGCGAUGGGGCGUAUAUCAUGGCUACGCCUGGAGAGGAGGUCACGAUAGCGAAUGCGGGGGAGACACUCGCGGAGGCGGUGUUUUUCGACAUGGAGUGA